AUGGAAAAUGCCAACGGUGGAAGAUGUGCUGCAUUUUUUUGUAUUCACGAUGACAAGAACGAAAUUGACAUUGAAAUUCUCUCGAGGGAAUUCAAACCAGAUUGGUUUACAGUCCAUUACACAACACACCCUGCUCUUGACAAGCACGGACAGGUCAUUGCCAAUGCCACGACAGUGAUUCCAUUUCAUGGCGACAAUCUGCUGAACUUGUUCCAACGACAUCGGUUUGAUUGGACCAAGGAGGAGUUGAGAUUCUACCAGAACUCAACACUAGUACAUGCAAAUGCUUUUCAGAUCCCAGAUGCUCCUGGCCACGCAUACUUGAACGUUUGGGCAGAUGGAGGGGCGUGGAGUGGUGCACCAAGUACGACCGAUGUAUUUUUGACCAUCAAAUUGAUCGCGAUUUACCAUAAUACAUCCGCGAGUGAUCAAGGGCUGGACAAAGUAUUCAACGAGAGGUGCAAGAAGGCGGGAGGCCCAUCGAAUGUAACGAUAUGUCUUGAUACGAGGGUUGAAAGCGGCGUGGUAGACCCCUCAUCGUCAGGAUCAGCGGUGGUCCCGUUACAGCUUUGGAUUCUUUCGAUGUUAUGUGUAGCCUUUGCCAUGGUUGUCUCAGCUGUGUGA